AUGAACUCCUCCUUAUUAUUUUCGAGGAAGAUUUUCCAAUCGCGAAAACUCGCGAUUACAACGAAGAAGGCAUUUUCUUCUUCUGCGUCCACCGAUUUCUUCCAAUCUGUGAGAGAAUGCGAUGGGUCAGGAAAAGGUGGGGAGGCUUUCACCGCGGCAGCUCUCGUGUCUGCAGGAUUGUUUCUUGGAGCUGGUCGCUAUACCUCUUGUGAACAGAAGAGGAUUGUGGCAGAUUCCGACUUGUAUCCCGGUCAAGCUGGAGUAAAGCGAGGACCAGCACCAAAAGACCCAAUGACUGUUUACGCAAAAAUGGCAAUUCAGAGGGAAUCUGAGGGAAGCAAAGGAUUUCAAACUCCUACCGCUCAAGCCACAAGCCCGUCUACUAAUACGACCGUUGAGAAGGUAUCAAGCAAGUACAUUCACGAGUUGACUGCAGAUGAGCUGCGUAUUGAAGAGGCAACACGAAAAGCAAAGCAGCAUUCUGGUGGAUUGAAACUUUUUAGCGGAAAUGGGAACAUGGCACUCUCUCUUGAGAUUGCUCGCCAGUUGGGUAUCAAUCUUGGUCGUGCAACUGUAGGAAAAUUUGCAGAUGGGGAAGCAAAUGUUGUGAUUCACGAAAAUGUUCGUGGAAAAGAUGUAUACAUCGUCCAGCCAACUUGUCCACCUGUAAAUGACAACAUCAUGGAAUUACUACUCAUGGUAUCUACGCUAAGAAGGGCAAGCGCUCGCAGGAUCACAGUAGUGAUCCCAUACUAUGGAUAUGCCAGACAAGACAGAAAGAUGCAGGCCCGCGUACCAAUUUCUGCUGCAGAUGUUGCCAGACUAAUGGAAGCCAUGGGCAUUGACCGCGUAAUUGCUGUCGAUUUGCACUGCGGGCAAAUCCAGGGGUUCUUUGGACCUAGAGUACCUGUUGAUAACCUAGACGGCGGAAUUGUGGGAUUGGAUUAUUUUGGAUCGAAGGAUCUCUACAAUCCAGUUGUUGUGAGUCCAGAUGCUGGCGGCGUCUACCGUGCAAAGAAGUUCAAAGAGGGUCUUGCACAAAAGUAUGAUAUGCAAGACAUUGGCCUUGCCAUGAUUGUCAAGCAGCGUGCUCGUGCGGGAUCUGUUGAUCAGAUGGAUCUUGUUGGAGACGUGAAGGGUUGCGACUGCAUUCUUGUAGACGACAUGAUUGAUACCGCAGGCACUUUGUGCAAAGCAGCGGAUGUUCUGGUUGCUAACGGAGCCAGAAGGGUUUUCGCUUUUGCUAGCCAUGGUCUGUUGAGUGGUCCCGGAAACGACAGAAUUGCGAACUCCAAGAUGGAAGAGGUUGUGAUUUUAAACACGAUCCCAACAUCACCGCAACGUGAUGCAAACGAGAAGCUAACAGAGUUGAGUGUUGCGCCGCUCCUCGCUCAAGCUAUUUUCAAUAUCCAUGCAAAGAAGAGUAUCUCGGCCCUCUUUAAGUAA